AUGGAAGUCCCCGUCAUGUUAUCCCCAUACGUGCCCAGCUCUCACGAGCUUAAACGGGGGUCGUGUGCCGUGCCGCCUUUGCGGCUCACGCCUAAGCCGUCGCCGCAGACGGGGCCGGGGCCGAAGGAGACGGUGCAUAUCUGGCGGGGGAACACGGAAGUCCCCAGGGCAGGGCCGUUUGAGGUGAAGGGGGCCACGCCGGCAGUGGCAGAGAAACCGAAAGCCCAAGCACCGUUGUAUCAAAGGCGAGAACAGCGAUAUCUGCAACGCCAGCAGCAGCAGGUGGCCACAGGGUCGUCCUCGGGUAUCCCGGUGCCGCGGCCAAACCCGAUGUUUGCUACGAGGGUUCCGGUGGUGAAUACCACUGGUAUUGGUACUGGCACUGGUACUGGUACCCAACGCCGUGGACAGAACGGCAAGCAGGAGGAUCACAUCCGCAGACUGAACAACCACAACCAUAUUUGCAACACCAACACCAGCAGUAACAACAGCAACAGCCGCAGUCACAGGCAGGGUGGCAAUACUCGUCAGAACACACCACCCAACGCACCCCCAAACCGACCUUCAAACUCGAAAUCACCCCCAGCCCCAGCCCCAGCCCCAGUCCUAGCCCCGAAGCCAGUCCCAGCCCCCCUAAGAUUAAAAACCCCCUAUCACCUAACCAAACAGGAGAACAACAAGAACAACCAUCCCACCGCCAGCCCUGGCCCUGGUAACAGUCAUGGUCAUGAUAAUACCAGCAACAACAAUAACAACAACACCCCCACAAAGACAUCACACUGGUACGAUAGCGUCAACAAGAGACUGCAUCGCAUGGCGAGUCACUCGAGUGAGGAGUCGGUCGAGUGGGUGUCGGCUGAUGCGGCGAUGGUGGAGAGGGGGGGGUAG